GGCUAGGCUACAAGAAGUUUUAUUGAUAUAACAAAAAAUAUAUAUUUUUUUUAAAUAGCAAAAAGUGUUAUAUUUAAUAAUACAAUAAAAAAGAAACCUUGUCUUUGUUUAAGACCUUGAAUUUAUUUGCUAUUUAAAUACAUCUUUGUGAUUAUCUAUUCUGAAAUAAGUGUUAAUUUAUUAUCUUAUAUUCUAAAGAUAUUUAAAAGAAAAUGGGUAAUUACAUCUCCAUUAAUCUGGAAGACCAGUAUAGAAAAAAUGAAAAAUUUCUUCAAAGCUUAAAUGAGAUCAGUAUGGAACGGCAAAUACAAAUGAGGAAUCAGAUGGCUCAGAGGCAAAGGGCUAUGGAAAUCGCGAAGAACAGAGAUCUUUUCCUUUGGUAUACAAUGUUUUACAUUGCUGCUGGUACAGGCUUAUUCACUGGUUUUCGCAGAACAAAAAGGGUCUAUUUUCUGUUUCCGUUACUGCCUCUCACUUUUGUAAAUCUCUACUAUUGGGAUCUUUCAUAUGGGAACAAAAUACAUCGUAUUAGAAUGGAGGCUGAACAUAUAAUGACUCAUGAAUCAGACAUGCUGGAAUUGCCCUGCGGUCUUCCAACACCAUCAUCUUUGGAUCAGGGUCGUUUAGAAGAAGACGAGAGGAAGAAGAUUCAUCCACCUUUACCUUAAACAAAUAUAACUAAUGUUCAAGUGCCUUCGCAGCUUAGAAGGUUUCUCAAUGUUCCCGCUAGUUCGCUUUUUAAAUGUAAUGUUAAAAUGUCUAUUAUGCAUUCAGAAAGUUUAAUGUACUUGAAUGUUAAUAUCUAAAUAUUAUAGCGCUGUGAUGUUUUUUUUAUUUUUUAUUAUUUUUUUAUUGAAGUUAAUUAUAGUAAUGUUAUGUAAGUAAAAUUUGUAUGAAUUGUUAUAUAUUUACAAUUAUAUGACUAAUUUUAAUCUGUGUUUUCAAAUUACCAAUAUGUAAAAAAGCUGUGAUAAACCACAUUAAAAGUUUAUUUUUAAUGUUUUUAUUCUGUUAAUUUAGUACUUAAUUUGAGAUAUUUACCUUAUAAAUUAGGUUUUCAUGUAAAGCGCACAAUCGUCAAUAACAAUUCCCUUUUUAAGGAAUUUACUGAUUAAUAUAUGUUUUAGUGUUAGGCCGCUUGAUUAUGACGGCAAUUACAUUUAAAUAAAAUUUACUAAUUUACUGUUAUCUCAAAUAAAUUUUAUCAUAUCUGA